AUGGAAGAAAAGCAAUUGGAUUUUAAUCAGCCACUUCUAUCUGCGAGGAGGUUCUCAUCAACAGGAUCAACCACAGAAGCUGAUCACAAAACGAAAACUGAUAAUACUCAUCCCAAAUUACCCCCGCUUCCUGUUUAUAAGUCAGAAUUGAAAUCCGGUCCAGUGAGGAACCCGGGAGCUGUUCCUUUUUUAUGGGAGAAAACCCCAGGAAGGCCCAAGUAUGAAAGCAAACCACGAAAUGCAGUUCUUGCACAACCUCCUGUUGUCCCAAAGCUACCACCGGGGCGGAUUUUGAAUGUUGAAAGACAAGCUUUAGAUAAAGAAUCUGAAGGCAUGGCUGGUGGUCAGUCUGAAGCAAAAAGUGGUUUUUCAGGCUCUUACAGUGUUCCUUCUUUGGAAAAAAUUGUAACUGAAGAAGAAAUCUCCAGAGAGGGAAAAGAGGAGACAGACAUCUCUGGUUCAGAGGAUGAUGAUGAGGCCUAUGUAGAUGCACUUGAUACACUUUCUCGGUGUGAAUCAUUCUUCUUGAACUGUAGUAUAAGCGGAGUGAGUGGGUUGGAUGGUCCAGAUAUGAAACCAUCUGGCACUUUCUCAACAGAUCCACAAACUCGAGAUUUCAUGAUGGGUCGAUUCCUGCCUGCAGCAAAGGCAAUGGCUUCGGAAACUCCUCAACAUUCUAGUAGGAGGCUACUAUAG